AUGUCUGAUCCGUUCUCUUUGGACUUUGAUGCCAAUCUAGCGCUAGAGCAGUCCUCUAAUGGUUCUUGUGAUGGCGAUUAUUAUGGAAGUAUUGAUGAUUUUGAAAAAGCCUUGGUCACCGAACAACCAGAAAUUGCUCAGCUAGUUUGUGUACUGGACAAACCACCAGGGACGAAGAGCAAAAAGCAACAAAAAAGAGAUAGAGUGGUCCGUCUGAAGGAGAUGACAACUGCUGGACGAAAACUAUUCGAACCACGAGCGCAGCCGUCAGUGAGGCAAGAUAUUUAUGAAACGAUGUACAGCGAAUGGUCUACAGGUCCGAUGUCGUUGCUCUAUCGAGCUCUGAAGCACUGUCAUCGAAUUGAGGUUCACAUACGUGCCUUAAAUCGAAUCGAUCGAAUAGCGAGAGGGUACGUGACCGCUUUUGAUCGGCACAUGAACGUUGUAUUGAGGGACGUGGACGAAGUGGCCCUACCGGGGCGGAAAGAGGAGCGAUUGUUCGGUCGACGAAAGUUCGAGGAAGACCAUCUCCCACCCGGAAUGCAGUGGCAACCAGGUGGUGACUGGCCACGUCCCCUGGGUGAAUGCCGCAUGGUUCUUCAACGGUAUCUGCCAUGUUCUAUGAUAAAGGGAGAUACGAUAGUACUGUUCCGGUUGCUUCAGCCAGAAAUCGCUUCGCGGAGCUAUUGA